UUCAAUUUAGUCUUGAAACGUAGCUCGGGCGAGCAACUUUAGCGCAUGUUUUUUUGUCGUUUUGAACACAGUAGUCUUUUUAAUUUAUUUCUUUGGAAAGUGUGUGAUCUAAUGGUUUAAUAUAUGUAUAUGUUUUCCUAUUGUUGUUUCACGUGAAGCAAAAAUAAAUGCUAAAAAUUGGUUAUUCAAACAUAAAAUUAACGCAAAAAAGCCGGUCAGAUAUUUUCUAUUAACAUAGAUGAACCAACAUCCAGUUAGGACCGGAAUUUGAAUAAGUCUACACAGAAUCGUGAGCGACAAUCUUCUGAGUUACAUAACUUCUUUAAGACUAAAAGUCGUAUAACAUAGCCACAAACUUAUAUAUAUCCGGUUUUUCGUAUCUGUUGCACAUGUGCAUCAUAGUUAGUGGUGUUGUAAGAAUCUUUGUGCGUUAAUACAAUUAUUAUUAUUAUUAAACUAUACUUGCCUCACUGGUUCGAGAUUUUAUUCGAUUUAUAAUUUAUGAACAAGAAUUUUUGAGAGUCAAAAUAAAGAGGUCGGUUUCUUUGGAAUAGGCAUAAUAAAUUAUUAAGUCUGUUAACUUUUAACUUAAGACAAAGUGUAAAGAAGCUAAAGAGUGUUGCGAUGUUUGUGGAACGAUAUGUUUGUCGAUCGCCUAUAAUGCCUCAUCAACUUCGGCUUGGGGUUUUACUAUGCUGUUGGAUUGGGAUUGGAUUGUUGACAUUAGCGGCAUGCAACGAUAAUCUUCGUGUUGCAUACGAAUGGAAAGAAAUCGACUUUAAGUACCCUAGUAAGGAACAAAAACAGCUGGCAAUCGAAAGUUAUGAAUUUAUACCUGAGAAUGUUAUACCAGUUGGUUUGGAAGUAUACCGUUCAAGGCUGUUUGUGACGCUGCCACGGUGGAGGGAAGGCGUGCCAGCUUCGUUGGCUUACCUUGAUCUUAAUGAUAACACAACAAAGUCACCAGCUCUUAUACCGUUUCCUAGUUGGGAGGCUCACGACAUCUACGAACCCUCACCUGAAUUGGUAUCGCCGUUCAGAAUUCGCGCCGACAGAUGUGGUCGUUUGUGGGUAUUGGAUUCUAGAAUUUCCAAUAUUCUAGAAAAACCCGCUUUGUUUGGACCAUCUCAACUUUUAGUCUAUGAUCUACACAACGAUAAUUUGCUAAGAAAAUAUGUUUUCCCAAAGGAUCACAUGAAAGAAAAGUCCUUUUUUGCUAACAUAGCUAUAGAAGAUGGCGAUUGUGACAAUACUUUUGCAUACGCAAGUGAUUUAGCAGCUCCAGGCUUAGUUGUCUAUUCUUGGAAAAGUCAAGAAUCGUGGAGAGUACAUCAUAACUUUUUCCAUCCCGAUCCACUUUCUGGUAAUUAUAGUAUCGGUGGAAUUAAUUUCCAGUGGGACGAUGGUCUUUUUGGAUUAUCUUUGUCUAAAGCCCAACCCGACGGUUAUGCGACCCUAUAUUUCCAUCCCCUCAGCUCUACAAUGGAGUUUUCAGUGUCCACAAUGAUAUUGCGUGACAAAACCCUUGCCACAUCCAAUCAGAUCUACAAGGAAUUCAAAAUUCUCGGAUCAAGAGGCCCGAACGCACAGGCUGGUGCGGCUUUCCUCGAUCAACUAACUGGAGUUCUAUUUUAUGCUUUGCCCAAUUUAAAUGCAGUUGCUUGCUGGAAAACAUCAAACCGCGCUUACACUAUCAAGUCACAAGGCCGUGUUUACAUGAGUCCUGUAGAAAUGGUCUUCCCAAAUGAUGUGAAGGUCGAUGACCAGGACCGUUUGUGGGUCCUUUCCGAUCGUCUCCAUGAGUUUAUCUACUCUGAAUUGGAUCCGGAUGAUUUUAAUUUCAGAAUUUUGACGGCUCAUGUCAAGGACGCAAUUGAGAACACUGCUUGUGAUAUCAAAACAAAACCCUUACCGGAUCUUAUAAACAAACUUGGCGACAUCCUACGACCAAAUCGAACAGUAUCGUCUGCCGGCAACAUGUUUGUUUCUCAAGCUUCGCUGUUGGUUGUUGGUAUUCUCUUAAGAAGAUUUUUGUUUUAGAUUUGUAUCUAAAGUAUUUGUAUAAAAUAUUAAUUUUAGUAUAAGCUUACUUAAGUUAAAAAGAAAAAAAGUUUUGUGUUUUAAAUUCUAACAGAAAUUAAUGAGUUUUGGUACUGUAAAUAAAUCUUAAACAACAACACUUUUAUUAACUUUUGUAUAUUCAAUAGUACAGUGUAUAGAAAUAUGUAAUACAUUUUAUUUUUAAACGUUCAUAGAUUCAAAUAUAGAUACACACAUAGCGUUCUUUAGCAUUUAAUAAAUGUUUGUGUUAUUUUUAAGAAUUGUGAAAUAUUUUUUAGGACGUUAGUCAUAAUUUUAGAUUUUUAAGAUCAGAUAGAAGAACAAAUAUAAAACAAAAAAUGAAAUUUUGCCUUGCAUUAA